AUGGCGAGCCCCGGCGCCGAGUUGCCUCGUUCGUCAUCGUCCGUCAUUAACGCCGGGAAUGGCGCGGAAAUAAGCGACCCUACGGCCUCGGACGCGGAGAAGGACUUCGAUAAGACGUCCAGAAGAACAACAUUGGACGGCGUCUUGGAAACCCCCAUCGUAUGGCAUUACCUCACCUUCGAGACCGACCUACCACACCCGUCAAGUCUGCAGCCCCCCUUCGACGGCGCCGCUCCACCACCAGAAUGCCCGAACCUCAAGAAAUAUGGGAACCCCUUUGACUGGUCGCCUAAACACAAAUCCAUCAUCCUGUGGUUAUCAUGCAUCGCAACAGCCAUGACGGCUUAUACAGCUGGUUCCUACAGCCCAGGCGUCGGUCAGAUGUCAGAUGAGUGGCAUGUGAGCCGUGUUGCUUGCCUGGUGGGCAUCACCAUAUUCACUUGCGGCUUCGCCGUCGCUCCAAUGGUUCUGGCACCCUUUUCCGAGAUCAACGGUCGCAAACCAGUCUUCUUGGCUUGUGGCAUCCUCUUCGUCGUCUGCCAGCUAUGCUGCGCCGUCACACAGAUUUACGGCGGAAUGCUCAUCGCUCGGUUUUUUGCAGGCGUCGGCGGAAGUACCUUCUCCACUAUGGUCGGUGGCGUCGUUAGUGACAUCUACCAUGCCGCAGACCGAAACACCCCCAUGGCCAUGUUCUCCGGCUCGGCAUUGCUUGGGACAGGGCUCGGCCCUCUAACAUGCGGCUGGAUUGCACAAUACAUAAGCUGGCGGUGGAUCUUUUACAUUCAGACAAUCGUUGACGCCGUGCUAAUGGUUGUCAUCUGCAUCUGCUUCAAGGAGACCCGUGGAAGUGUACUGCUGAGCCGGAAGGCGAAAACGCUGAACAAGUGGUACGAAGCACGGGAGCAAGCGGGCUACUUCAACUUCGAUAUGCCCCUCGAUUCCAAUCCGCAGAAAAAGGUGUCCCAGCGGAUCAGGUGGAAAGUCAAGUCAGAUGAGGAGCGCGCCGAUCUGAUGACCAUGAUCUCCAUCUCGCUGUACCGCCCAUUCCAUCUUCUACUAACCGAGCCGGUUGUAUUCUUCUUCUCGCUCUGGGUCUCAUUCAGCUGGGCUAUCCUCUACCUUACCCUCGGCGCCAUCCCUCUUGUGUUCGAGACCCGACACAACAUGUCCCUGGGGCAAGCCAACUCCAUCUUUGCAGUCAUGAUGAUCUUCGCGGUUCUUGCCGUCCUGCUAAGCAUCUACCAAGAAAACUGGGCCCGUCGUAAAGGAAAGCUCGUGGAUAACCCCGAAGGUCGCCUUUACUUCGCUUGCAUUCAGAGCGCGCUCAUGCCCAUUGGCCUUUUCAUGUUCGGUUGGACGUCGGCGAGCUCCAUCCACUGGAUAGUCCCAACCAUUGCCAUUGGUCUGGCCACAGUGGGCAUAUUCUCUAUUUACCUCGCUACUUUCAACUACCUUGCCGAUGUCUACCACCGCUAUGCGAGCUCUGCGCUCGCCGCACAGUCUUUCUGCCGGAACAUGCUGGGCGGCGCCUUCCCGCUCAUCACCACGCAGAUGUAUCGCAAGCUAACCUACGGCGGCGCAUCAAGCUUGCUUGGCGGCAUUGGCGCCGUGCUCACGAUCGUGCCCUGGGUGCUCGUCUUUUACGGACCACGCAUCCGUAGGAGAAGCAAGUUCGCCAGCGAGAUCAUGAAGAACUGA